AUGACAUUAGGAGAUUGCUAUAAUGUGACAGCAUUCACAUUGCUGGGUCUGUUUGAUGAUCCGGAGUUACAAUUCCCAGUUUGUGUAUUACUUAUAUUUACCUAUAUCAUAAUUUUUUGGGGAAACUUUACCAUCAUUGCUCUUUUCUCUACAGAUUCCCAUCUACGCUCUCCCAUGUACAUCUUCUUAUUCAACCUUUCCAUCACUGACAUCGCUUCCUCAUCAAAUAUUCUGCCUAAGCUAUUUAAUAUGCUCUUCACAAAAUAUAACAUGAUUUCAUUUGCAGGAUGUAUAACUCAGAUGUAUUUCUUUGUGACCCUGGUUGUUACUGAGCUUAUGCUGCUAACAGCCAUGGCAUAUGACCGCUAUGUGGCAAUCUGUCACCCUCUUAAUUAUAUUGUUGUAAUGAGUUUAAGAUAUUGUGUUAUUCUCUCAAUUGCUUCUUGGAUUGUGGGAUUUUUGGACUCAGUUGCAUAUGCUGUCAUUAUAUCUAAUAUGUACUUUUGGUCAGAUCGUCCUAUUGACCAUUUUUUUUGUGAUUUAUCUCCAUUGCUGAUAAUCGCCUGCAGUGAUAUAUCCAUGGUGGAAAUGAUAAAUUAUAUAGAAGGGGUUCUGGUGGCAUUUUCUUCAUUUCUUCUUAUAUUAGUCUCAUAUAUAUAUAUUAUCUCCAACAUUCUGAAGAUAAAAUCUGCAGAAGGGAAACAUAAAGCUUUUUCCACCUGCACCUCCCAUAUAACCUGUGUGAUCAUUUAUUAUGGGACUAUGAUCUGUUUGCAUAUUAAACCUACAUCAAGUUACUAUCCAAAACUGGACAAGCUCUUUGCUCUGGUGUAUGUAGUUUUGGUGCCUAUGCUAAAUCCUUUUAUUUACUGUCUGAAGAAUAAAGAAGUCAAAAAGUCAUUAUUCAGUUUAAAGUCUAAGUUGUUUUAA